AUGUAUUCCGUCGACCAACCAAGAGACUUUGUCGACUACACAGACCUCGAUAUCGAGUCCGAAUGGAACCCUCAGUACCAGGAUUCUCCCGUACUCGAGGCUAACGAACCAGACUGGUUCGAUGAAUCCACUCCUGGCUCCCCAGCCGAUGGUUUCAUGUACGAAUGUGCUUUCUGCCUCCAUCAACAUCUGCCCCUGCUGCCAUGCAACGGAUCCAACUACACAUUUAAGCUCCCCCAACUGGCGCUGCAUGCCUUUGGCUACGAGCCACCUGUGUAUCGUCAGGAACCUGUUGAACGCAGCAACGGCAUCAUCCAGCUGAACUACAGAAAGUGGUUGGUGUCUGUGACACCCCGUUGA